AUGAUCAUGGCAUCAGGCUCAGAGGCAUCCAUCGUUCGUAUUGCGGGGGCGGGUUUCCGCCUUUCGCUCCUCUUGAACGCUGCAGCAUGCCAGCUCGCACAGUCCCGAAUCGAAAUCCAUAGCAUCGCAAAAGGUGUCUCGCUCUUCGCUUUGACACUCAAACAUCUUGGUCAGACAUUGGAAGCGGAUGACUUGGACCGAUCUGUCGAGGCUACCGAGAAGGCAUGGGAGAUCGCUGGCCAGGGACAGCUGGUGUUUGUGGAUAUUGAACAUAUGCUGGAUAAGCUGCAGGGUACCGAUACCGACGAAGACCUGAGAAGAAUCCCGGUGCAAGAACGUCUGAAGUGGUGUUUCCGGAAACACCAUGUUACCUACCUGCUUGCACACCUUGAGUCUCUCAAGUUCAGUCUCAUCGUCCUGCAGCGAAUCUUGCAGCUAGGCAACCUCCUCAAGCAGACUAGAAUUGGCUCGAGCCCCAACUCCAACGCCAGCUCUCCAGUCCUGCAAACCGAGGAUCUCGUUGCGCAAGAGAAGGCUGAAGCUCAAAAUAUGAUAAUAGUGCGAUAUUGGUCGACCAAACGAAUCGAUCGCCUUUGGGAUCUCGUCGAACAAGAGGCAUCGGAAGCAGCGACCGACCAGACGAGCCAGAAGAUCCACUUGAAUUACUCCAGUACAACAUCGGCUCUAAGACCUCUUAUUGCGGCAACAAAAGGCAAUGAUCCUACCAAGUUGCAUAUGGUUACGCUGGGAGAGAAUGAUGCAGGGUUGAGUGAUAUGGAACGUUCACCUAAAGACAUGGUCCACCUCUCGGAGAGCGCAAUGAACCGCCUCCUACUAGCUUGGGUACCAUCGCUCGACCCAUCAAAACUACGUGACCCAUGCAAGGAUCCCGGAAAAUACAACGCUCCGCGGGCCUUUGUCUCAUCGGACAGUGAGAGUGCACCAGAAGAAUUGGAUUUCGACGAGGAAAACCGCGGCUACUACCUCGAGGGCAAGACCGAUGACUGGCGCAAACCACACUCGCAGGAAGCCCGGGCUCAUGCUGCUCGACUUCGCCGUGAAUACUCCAAUUAUCAAGCCCACGUGGAAAGCGACUCGGAAUCCGAUGAGCCCCGUCGUCGCGAAAGCCCCGUCAGCCCCGUGAAGUCGCGGACUGCCGGCUCAAGUGAUGAAGCCGAGCAGAGGAAUGGUGGUACACGGCAGCCUCCGAAGAAUACUUAUUCUAGCAGUAGUAUCGACGGCCGGAAACACUCCAACAGCGUGUCCUCCCGGGCUCCACCACAGUUCCCUGACGGUCGAUCUGCUGCAUACCCUAGCAGUAGUUUCCCUCCGCCUCCUCCGCCAGGCCAACCGGCGCCUCGUCCGCAGGCACCAGCGCAUGCGCAGAGCCAGCCCCUUCCGAACUACACUCCGUACCCUCAAAUGCCUCCACCGCAACCAUUUCAACAACCCUACAGAUACCACCCGGGCCAAGAUCAUAAAACAGCACCCCGGUCUAUACCUACUAGCCAAUCAAACCAGCAGAAUACCUUACCAAUUCCAUCACCGCGGGGCACGCCUCCCGGUCAGUUUGAUGCACACUAUGGCCGUCCCCGUACAUACAGCAACAACAUGCUCCAGCCACGACACUACCAAUCUGCCUACCAACUCUCCUCAUCAUCGCCUGAAUCCAAUCUCCGACCCUCGCCGCCUCGCUCUGGACAGCGAUCCCCGUCGCACUCCCAUAGUCGAUUCUCACGUGAAGAGGCUCGGCGCGAUGACGCUCGGGAGCGGCAGCGGAAUUUAACUCGGAAUGCGACUCGGGGUCUAGCGGGGAUAGGAGCGAUCGCCGGGUUUAUGGAUGCGUUGGAGGCGUUCUCGAUCCUCUAA